AUGCGGCUGGAGGAAGAACGGCUGUUUCAGCAGCAGCAAGACGAACGUCGGCGAGCCGCGGAAGAAAGGGCUGCGCAGGAACAUAGAGAGUUCCUGGACAAGAAAUACCGUCUUCUAGAAGAAGUUGUUAGUGAGAGGAGUUCGAGGGAACCUCCAGUUCGAACGUUCGCUUUCCUGGACGAGGGUUCGGAGCUCACAUUACUCGAUCAAGAGCUUGCUGAAAACCUAUCGUUGGAUGGUGCAGAGCGUCCGUUAUGUCUUCGAUGGACCGGAGGAACCGAACGAUGCGAACCAAAUUCACGAGUCUACAAUCUUCAAAUUGCUGGAGUCAGAGAAGGAAGUAAGCGAUUUGUCGUCAGUGAUGUCAGGUCGGUGAAAGACCUCAUGUUGCCCCCACAAACGCUGGACAUGGAUGAGUUAUCCAAGCAGUAUCCACACCUUCGGAACUUACCUAUCGAUUCAUACCGAGAUAUUCGUCCACGCAUUCUCAUUGGAACGAAGCAUGCUCACCUCGGACUCGUCAUGAAAAACCGAGAAGGAGAAUUCGGACAGCCGAUCGCCGUAAAGUCCCGGCUCGGAUGGACGAUCUGUGGAGGAAAUGGACUUGAUCACGGAGCAAAUCUUCAUCAUUACAGCUUCCAUAUCUGUCCAUGUAACAGUUCAUCCGACGACGAACUUCACCAGGCGAUGAAGAACUAUUUCAGUCUCGAUAGUCUCGGAACAACAAAAUCGGACAAUAUGCUCGUAUCCGCCGAAGAUCAACGUGCUUUGUCGAUGCUUCAGACUCUUACUUGUCGCAAGGAUGAUCGAUAUGAAUCCGGUCUACUCUGGCGGUACGACGACAUCCGUCUACCAGAUAGUCGACUCAUGGCGUUGCGGCGAUUCCGUUGUCUGCAAAAUCGCAUGGACAAAAACGAGGAACAAAACACGACUUUGCAAGCCAAGAUCGCGGAAUACCUGACAAAAGGAUACAUCAGGAAGCUCAGCGAAGAAGAACUGAAUCAAAAGGUUCCUCGCCGGUGGUACCUACCGGGUUUUCCCGUAACAAAUCCAAACAAACCUGGAAAAGUACGGAUAGUGUGGGACGCUGCAGCCAGUGCUCACGGGACGUCACUCAAUUCAGCACUAUUGAAAGGCCCGGAUCUACUAUGUUCCCUUCUCACGAUUCUUUUGCAAUUUCGGGAACGCCGAAUCGCUCUUACCGGUGACAUUCGUGAGAUGUUUCACCAGGUACUGAUUCGAGCAGAAGACCAACUAUCCCAGUGUUUCUACUGGAUGAACGACCGUGAAGAAAUUGAAGUGUAUGCCAUGCAAGUGAUGACAUUCGGAGCAUGCUGCUCCCCUAGCACCGCACAGUUCGUAAAGAACAUUAACGCUGACCGCUUCAAGGUAGAGUAUCCAGCUGCGCACCAGGUCAUCACGAAGUCCCACUACGUCGACGACAUGCUUCUUAGUGUUGACACUGACGAGCAAGCCAUCAAGUUAGCCGAAGACGUGAAAUACGUCCACGGUCGAGGCGGGUUUGAGAUAAGAAACUGGAUCAGCAACUCAACGAAAGUUUUGGAAGCGCUGCAAGGAACUGAUGUAAACGAAAAGUGUCUGGACUUGGCAUCAGAACUAGCUACGGAAAAGGUUCUGGGCAUGUGGUGGAACACUACAGAUGACGUAUUCACGUAUAAGGUUGGAUGGAACCGUUACGAUCCGGCCUUGCUAGGAGGUCAAAGGCGCCCAACAAAGCGGGAGGUUCUUAGAGUGCUGAUGACCAUUUUCGAUCCACUGGGAUUGAUUUCUCACUUCCUAUCGUAUUUGAAAAUUCUACUCCAGCAAAUCUGGCGAUCUGGUGUACAAUGGGAUGAGGACAUCGACAGUGUCGCCUACGAUAAAUGGCUCACAUGGCUGAAGGUUCUUCCACUGGUAGAACACGUACGGAUACCCAGAUGUUACAAUUCCCAGCACCUUGUGAGUGAGAUUGACGAAAUUCAGCUCCACACGAUGGUAGAUGCUAGUGAGAACGGCACAGCCGCUGUUUGCUAUAUACGUUUCUUGAAAGGCGAAACCAUAUUUUGCUCUAUCGUCGCUGCAAAAUGCAGGGUUGCACCACUCAAGUUCACGUCGAUACCACGAUUGGAACUUGAAGCUGCUCUAAUCGGCGCUCGCCUAGCUCACACCGUCGAAGAAUCGCUCACGAUCCAAUUCCACAGGAAGCUGUUUUGGUCCGAUUCCAGAGAUGUCCUCUGCUGGAUUAAUUCGGACCACCGUCGCUACAGUCAAUACGUCGGCCACCGGAUUAGCGAGAUACUCGAAUUAUCCGAAAUACACGAGUGGCGAUGGGUACCAGGGAAGCAGAAUCCCGCUGACGACGCUACAAAGUGGAGUAGUCCACCUGAGUUAUCAUCUGAAAACAGAUGGUUCAAAGGCGCCAAUUUUCUCUGGCGCACCGAAGCAGACUGGCCGGCAUCACCCAACCGGAAAGGCUCCACCGAAAACGAACUGCGUUCUAACCUACUGGUACACCACGUUCUACCGGAAUCGGUUAUCUGCGUCAACGACUUUUCUAGCUGGGAAAGAUUACUCAGAGUUACCGCAUUCGUACAUAGAUUCACCUAUAACUGUCGUCAAAAGCGCAUGGAAAGACCUACAAACACAGGCCCCCUAGCAGCGAACGAACUUUGUAAUGCCGAACGCUCACUAAUACGCCUCGCUCAAAGUGAAUCUUACCCCAACGAGAUAAUGGUUCUACAAAAUCUACCAGAUGAACCUGAGUCGCUAACAAAUAACAUUCCAAAGACUAGUUCACUAUAUCGGUUGACACCAUGGUUGGACAGCAAUGGAAUCCUCCGAAUGCGGACACGCAUCGCCGCUUGCCAUUAUGCUACAGAAGACGCCAAAAAGCCGAUUAUUCUUUGCCGAAAACACCACACCACCAGCCUGAUCGUAGCAUAUUACCAUAAAAAAUAUCACCACCAAAACCAUGAAACUGUUAUCAACGAGAUCCGCCAAAAGUUUCACAUUCCCCGAUUACGCGCCUGUUAUCAGCAAGUACGAAGAAAUUGUCAAAGAUGCAAGAACCAUCAUGUAGCACCUAGCCCUCCGUACAUGGCCGACCUUCCACCCGCUCGCCUAGCAGCCUUCACAAGACCAUUCACGCACGCAGGGAUCGACUAUUUUGGGCCGAUUGAAGUCGCUGUCGGCAGAAGAGUGGAAAAGCGAUGGGGAAUGAUAGUGACUUGCCUCACUGUCCGGGCCAUUCACCUCGAAGUCGUGCACUCCCUCAGCACGAGUUCCUGUAUCAUGGCUCUUCGGAAUUUCAUGGCACGACGUGGUACCCCUCAAAAGGUCUACAGCGACCGUGGCACCAAUUUCGUAGGUACAAAUCGAGAAUUGCUACAGACCAACGAAACUAUCAACGAACACAAGUAUAUGGAAGAAUUUGCUAAAUCUGGCAUCGAAUGGGUUUUCAAUCCACCCCUCUCUCCGCACAUGGGCGGUAGUUGGGAGCGGUUGAUCCGCACUAUAAAGAACAAUCUGAUGGUUGUAUGUUCAUCUAGAAGACCCUCCGACGAAGUGUUCCGCAAUUUGCUGAUUGAAGUUGAGAACACUGUCAAUUCGCGACCUUUAUCCCAUGUGCCAAUUGAUGAGCAUUCGGCACCUGCACUGACACCGAAUCACUUUUUACUGGGAUCUUCAAACGGAACGAAGCCCUUCAGCCAUCUUGACGACAGCGGUGCGACUCUCCGUCAAAACUGGAUCACCUCACAGUGCCUCGCAAACCAAUUUUGGAAACGUUGGAUAUCCGAUUACCUGCCCGAGAUCACAAGAAGGACCAAGUGGUUUCAGAGAUCCAAACCGAUUGCCAUAGGCGACGUGGUAGUCAUUGCCGACCCAAAGAUGCCACGUAACUGCUGGCCGAAGGGCAAGAUCAUCGGGACAAAGGUCAGCACGGAUGGUCAAGUCCGGUCUGCAACGGUAAGGACAUCGAACGGAGUCUAUGAUCGUCCAGCGACGAAAUUAGCGGUUUUAGACGUACAAUGCGUCGGUAAGUAAGCCACCCGAAGAUAGCCUACCUGGGGGGAGUGUUAGCUGAUAUCGCAUCAGUGCGCCGUACGUCUAGACCUUAAUCCACGAUGAGUGAAACGCUAGAAGAAAGGCUCUCGCUACCACGCGGUGAGUACCAUAACAGAUGAAAACAUUAGUUGAUAAGAAGAUAAGAACGAGGAAAAGCCAACUGAAUUCGAUUAAAGGCAGUACCUUUGUUGCUUGAUAUCAAUAAUUUAAUAGUAAAAUUCUACUGCAAACUACGUUAAGUUUAGUCGUUUAAAUUUCAAACAGUGCAAGUGCAUGAGAUUCAUUUGAGGCAAUCAUUUACGUGCUAAACAAACGGGAGCUAUUUUUUCUUCCAUAUCACCGACUGUAUCCUAUGCCAAAACGGUCUUAGAACGGCGAAUAUCGGCGCACUACCAUAACUGAACUUAAGAACCGGUGAGAAAAUAUGAAAUGUAGUUUCUUUAUAUGUUCAUUUAUCUACCUCCUAAACUAUAUCAUAGCUACGACUACCAGGCCAAACAUCCGCUCAUUGCUUGCCUACGAAUUGCACGAAAGGAACUAAACGUGAGUAGAAGUGAUAGUAUUAAGCCAUAAUCAAUGAACUGCUUUGGGCAAACACACUACGGUCCAAUGAAUUUGAACAGGGGUUUCCAAAACCAUCCACACGUUGCAUGAAAAACAACUAUGUAAAUUAUAGGAUAUAUUACUUAUUGAUGCAACAUGUAUUCAAUGUUAUUUUUAGGAAAAUUAUAUUCGCCCUGUUAUCAUCGGAUCACGAGUAUUCAUUCAUUCCGUGUCGGAGAAUCACAAUUUCGGAAGUUCCGUUGAAUAAAAAUUCAACACAGUCCUUAUCAAGAAAUGCACAGUACGCUACUUCCUUGUAUUUGAUGUUUUUUUCUAUUUUUUGUGUCAACGUGUGAAGGGCUGUACCGUCGACUUGCCUUUGCAAUAGGCAAACUGUAAUUUAUUUAACUUGUGAGCUUUUAAAAACGAGCCUUUGAUAUGCUCAUCCAGAAUCUUCUCCAUUAUUUUGAGUAUAAUUGAGGUUAGGCUUACCUAAAGCUUACCUAAUUGAACCUAAAGCAUACAAGGUUGUGUUUUGUGCCGUUUGCCGUUUUUGGUAUGAAUAUCACUCUUACAUUAUUCCACCAACUGGGAAUGUAGCACAGUGUCAUGCUACUAAUAAACAUCUCAACUAAAUCAGGGAUGAUUAUGUCCCUACCGUGCUGUAUUAGCGCCGGAAAAAUGCCGUCUUCUCCAGCCGAUUUGAAAGGGUCGAAGGAAUUUAUUGCCCAGUCCACCAUUGCCACUGUGAAAAUUUUUCUGGAUUCCAUGAGUGCAUCUUUUCUGUUCAUAUUGCGUCCAGAAUUUGUCCUCAAUUGUCCCGAUGAAUUUUCAUCAACAGCAAAUGAGCCACUUCCAAUGUUUCUGAAGGACUUCUGGUGAAUGUGCCAUUAUCCUUCUUAACGUUGCCUAGGCCAUUUGAGUGUUCCUUAGAAAUAACUUUUUGAAGCCUGGCCGCUUCUGAAGUGUAUUGGAUGUUUUCACACAUGAUUCUCCAAUAUUUUCGUUUGCUUUUCCUUAUUUCAGUGCUAUAUUUGGUUAGGGCCUUUCUAUAUUGGCCCCAAUCCGAAGUUGCUUUUGCUCUGUUGAAGAGUUUCCUUACUUUCCUCCUCAUUUUUUGUAGAGCGUUGUUCCAUCAAGGGACUGUCCUGUUUGAACUCCUUUCCCAUUGUGGACAACUUUCGUAGUAUGAUUGUAUAAUUUUGUUAGUGACCAUCCUAGAAGCUUCUUAUAGUUGCUCUGCUGUUCUUAUUUUUUCGUCCAGCAGAGGUUGCUUGGUCGCAAGAAUUUGCUUGUAGAGAUCCCAGUUGGUGUUCCUGGGGUCUCGAUAGAAUUUCCUCACGGUCUCUCCCCUCUCUAUUGAAAAGGUGAUAUGCUUAUGAUCUGAGAGAGACACCUCGUCAGAUACUUCCCAAGAGGUAAUUCUAUCUGUUAGAAUUUGGCUACAAAGUGUUAAAUCAAGUACUUCAUGUCGCCUUGAGUUGACAUAUGUUGGUUUGUCCCCUCUGUUAAAUAUAUCAAUGUUAUUAGCAGAAAUAUAUUCUAAAUAGGACUCACCUCGUUUGUUGAUGUCACUGCUUCCCCAUACAGUGUGGUGAGCGUUGGCAUCGCAGAAGAUAAUAAAUUACUGGUUUUGUUGUCUGCAGCUGGUGACAAAUUCGCAGAUUGAGGACGUCGGAGCUUCUUCUUCAUCACCAGGAAAGUAAGCUGAUGCUAUAUUAACGAUAGACUUACCCCUGGCUGUUGGAACCUCCAUCCUGAUGGCUACGAUGUCUUGUUUGAUAAAUUCUUUAAUGGGAGUAAAAUUAAUCCUUCCAUUUACUAAGAUAGCUGUCCUUGGAGAAGGAUGGCUAUCAUCAUAGAGGAACUUACAUUUUGGUGUAGUAAGGCCCAUCACCCUAUGAUUGUUGACCCACGGUUCCUGUACUAAUGCCAGGUCGAGGUCUUCCUUGGCAAACCUUUGCAAAAGUACGCCUGAUGCCCCUCUUGCAUGCUGUAGGUUUGCCUGAACCAAUUUUAUGUUGGUCAUUGCGUUGACGAUCCGCUUUUUUGUGACUGGCGGAUCGUCGGCUUAGUUUUUGUGCCUUUUGUGGUGGACUCUUUGGAGAUUUCUGGGACCUUCUUUUGCAUUCCCAGUGAACUACUGUUGUUCCCACCACGGUUGUUAUCCUUUUUCGGAUUCGUUUUAGCAGUUCCUUCUUGGGAUUCAGUUUUAGACGAACUUUCACAUUCAUCACCAGUAGUAUUUUCCGGACUUGGCCCAGGAAUUUGUUGCUGCUGGUCCACUUGAGGGCCCGGCAGCGUGUUCCCUAGGUCGUUGCCCUGUAUCAUACUGGCGACUUCCGUUUCCAUUGCCAUAUUCUGAACCUCUAUAGAGUCAGUGUUACUGUCCUGCUUGUCGAUCCUGCUUUUCUUGACCCGACGUAGUUUUGCAGUGUGAUACAAGUAUUUGAUUUGAAAUCCCCAUCUUGUCAGUUUCUGCAUUGAGUCCUCGUUCACUAUGAGAACCAGCUCAACAUCAUUCCCGUUAGGGGAAGAUCUUUGCAGAAUUCUCCAGGAAUCCGUGUCCAAAUCAUUCUGUGACUCGAUGAAUGCCAUUAUUUGCUCGUUGCUUUUAGUGGCGCUUUUCGGCAGGUAGGCUACCAAGAUUUCCGAUCUAGGAAUGUUCUUUUCGUCGACCGCUAUCAACUCAACUCCCUCGCAUGGAGUUAUCCUUUUUAACCAGUCCGCUGUAGCCUGGUCGUGGCAGUUGAUAACAAGGAAGCCUGUUUUUAUGGUGCAGCCUCUGAAAAUCGGUUUUACAUCUGUUCCCCGAUUUUCCACUACUUUGUUAAUAAUAGUGUCUUGUACCAAUAUUAGCUGUUGUGUUGUUAGAGCUGUAGUCGGAUAGUCCUUUGGUAUUAUUCCUAUGCGUACUUGACUCACAACCUCCGUGUAUAGCGGAUUUUGAGUAGCAGUGGGCUUAGUUUUCCUAUCUGGGACUUUUAGAUUCCUUGAUAGACGACUCUCAGCUACUGCCAGGGACUUUAAUAUUCCCGGGUAGAGUAUGACCAGUUUUUGCUUUUUGCUUCGUGCCUGGGACUUUCGGUUUCCCGGGUUGACUUUGCCCUGCUGCUGCCUCUGUUUUCCUAUCUGGGACCUUCGUAUUCCCGAGUUGACUGCAACUUCCAGCUUUAGCCUGUUUACCUGGGACUUUCAUUUUCCCGGGUUUGGAGCGUUCAGCGUCUUCGUUUGUCUUCUUGUUCGCAACUUUCGAGGUACCGGGUUGCAUGUGGACAGCAUCUGCCUCUGCCCUUCCAUCUUGGAAGUUUGGAUCUCUUUGCCGUUGCAGCCGGAUGUUCACCGAUGAAGGGGUUUUCGAGAAUGGUCUUUGUGCGGCCUUCCCGUGGGUGUUGAUGUCCCUUUUGUCUUUUUGGGUUGUGGCUUCUCGCCACUCGAUAGGUCAUCUCUAGGCCUUUUCGAUGGUUCUGACUGCACGCUUGGCCUGUAGGCAAGGCGAUAGGCCUCGUCUUUGUCAUAGCCCUGAUCUAGCAGUUUUUUCAGUCGCUUUUUACCUGCACCACUCAGCUUGAUUCGGUCCAUUUGCUGAGGUUGUUCCGGAUUUGCAACGGUUGAUCCCCUUGAUGUCUUGAUAGUGACGCUUACUCGAUCAUCCUCGUCGCUGUCUUCCAUCUCGGAGUUCUUUGGAGUGUCCAAAUUGAUCGAUGGACAACUGGACAGAUUUUCCAGUGAUUUACUAUCUAGCUGUGCUUCGAGCUGCUCCAGCGAAUCUCCCGGGUCAGUGUCCAUUUUUUUCUGCUGAGAGAGGCAAUUGUCACCUGUUGUUUUAUUUUAUUUGUUGUUGUUGCUCAUUGUUGCUCCCACGAGUCGCACGGGAAGUAAAGGUCGACUGCGCCAGAGCCCUGCAUUAACGCAGCAAGGGAUGAAUACUGUGGGAUUCUCCCUGGUACCCCACAGGCUCCGUUCGCGACUGAGUAUUUGUUUCACCCCCCCAGCCAUGCAUCCAUAGGCACGGGUCGCAUUACACCGUAGAUUCGGGGUUAGACCGUAUUAGGCAUUCGUGUGGCUACGGUCAUCACCACAUAUAUCCUCCUCCUUUACCCGGGCUUGGAACCGGCAACAGUGAUUCUUGUUAAUUCUGAACAUACACAAGUGUAUCUCCAGAAUAAAAUAAUCAUCCUUGGCGGAGUUAAGGAGGCGUUACGAGUGUUACACUUUUUUGCUUACUUGCCGUCUGCGAACUGCACAAGUAAUUUUGAAGCGAAAUCAUUACUUGACAUUAUUCGUUUAUUUGGAAGGGUCGGACGCCACUUGGGCAUAACAGAGCCAAAAUCAUUUGUAUAUUAUUAUAAUUUUAAAUUACAAUAUACAAUUUUAUAAAAUACUAUAACCUAUAAUUGACUAAUUUGACAUAUCGGACUUUGACUUAUCUCCGCAAUCCCGUCAUACUAUGUAUACAACUUGCCAUUGGACUACCGACGAACCGACGUGACAGUGGUGUUUCAAAAGUGUCCCCCCUAAAUUUAACGAUCGACCAGCAAAGCGAGCGAACGCUUCUGUCAAAUCAGCACAGGCGCGAACCUUUUCCUAUAUGGAAAGAUUCGACUGGGAUUUUUGAUAACUAUGGGAGUUUUCGGCUUUCAGUCACGGAAAAAGCGUUGAUACUUCUAUAUCAUUGCCAACGUUUCGAUCCUUGGGUUGGGAUCUUCCUCAGGGCUCGAUCUUAAUCAACUUGUGAUAAUCGUAUUUUGCACACGAUCGUUUGUCGGAUUCUAAAAGACACUAAAAUCCGAACGGCGAUUGAUAACAGCCACAGUGUUGUGUUCCGCUGAUUUCGUGUCUCGAGUGUCUCCCUUUCGUACCACCCACCCAACAUCCCACUAGGGUGCUGGUGAUGAACGAGAAAAGUGCAGUGUCUUUUAGAAUCCGACAAACGAUCGUGUGCAAAAUACGAUUAUCACAAGUUGAUUAAGAUCGAGCCCUGAGGAAGAUCCCAACCCAAGGAUCGAAACGUUGGCAAUGAUAUAGAAGUAUCAACGCUUUUUCCGUGACUGAAAGCCGAAAACUUUUCCUAUAUGAAUACACGGGGGUUUGGAGUCAACCUAUCAAAACAACGCGAACCGUUUUAUAGGAGGCGGUAGUGUUCGGCUAUUUUUCAUCAUGGCGUCGGGGACAACAAAAUUGAAUUCAUUUGUUCUAGCUGUCAUGUCGGUUCGUCGGUGAUUGGACCUCCACAUUCUUAUUGGCACUUUCUCAGACUUGAACCAUGAUGCUGUUACCUAUUCUUCCAUUUUUACACUGUCUUCUGGUUCCUCGAUGUUAUCCGCAUUCGAUGUUUUGUUCUCCAGGUGAUCCGUCAUCUCAUCGUGUUGUGACGAUGUCGCUUCUUUCAAUACUCCAGCAUAGGUGACUGAUUGUGCAUUAUGCACGAUCUCAACCGAACGUUGUUUUCUUUUCUUCGGGCAGGCGUUCAUCUGAUGCCCUGUCUGGUUACAGCUGAAACACUUGUCCCAAGUAACCACGGUGUUGAAGCCUUAUUGCAUGCUGAUAUAGGGUGUUUUUAGAGCAAUCAUUACUUUACAUACAAACUUAAGGUUGAUUUAAAGUGAAAAUGGGCAAUUAUAGAACCAAAUUACGAUUAUACUGGUAUAAUCUUAAAUCAGUCGCAUAAUUGCCAUUUUCACUUUAAAUCAACAUAAAGUGUUCAUGCAAAGUAAUGAUUACUCUAAAUACACCCUAUAUCUGCAUGCAAUAAGGCUUCAGCACCGUGGUAACUUGGGGUCCUUGUUCCCGGAGUAGAAGAUAUUUCCUCUCCAAUUGAGGAAAUGCAGCGUGGAUGGAAUUUUCGAUUUGACGUCCAUGUGAACUCCGCGAAUGCCGUUGAAAAUAUCCAACCCGAUAUCGGCAGGAAUCUUCUCACGUACCACUCUUUUCACGUUUCCGUACUUUCCUAGCACUAGCGAUAUUUCUUUAUCGGGUACCUCGGGUGAUAGCUCACACACACACGAACAUACUGAUAGUUGCCUUCCGCAUCUGAUAUUUACACCACCGCCAUCGUUCCGUUUGCAUAAUGGAAGCAAAGUGGAUGUGCAUUGUUCUCCAACGCGGCCCUGAACGCCUGUUGACUUUUCAACUUCAGGUACACACUAUGAUCCUCUGCUCGUCUGUACACCGUAUCCAUGUCGCUAAUGCUGACAUCCAAACACUUCACAAAUUUUGCGAUCUCAUCAUACGAAGGCCGCACAGAACCCGUUGGAAAUGCAAACUUGACAGUGUUCUUAACCUCAACCAUCUGUUUCUGCGUAAUACCUUUCGAGUCUAGUAUCGAUAAGCUGAUGCAGCACACAGUGACCGUGAGAGAAUGUUCUGCAACCGUUCUCGUCGGCAGAUGAAAGCAAACUCAUGGCCAUUACUUGUCCUAUCUUUUUGCACAGUACGUACGAAGUGGAAACUAGCCAUUACGUUUGAUAUCUCCUCGCCGCAAACCAUUCCCAUAUCUCAUCCAUUGCACUCAAUGAAACGCGGGCUCGACAAUAAUCAGUUCAUGAUACGAAGCAUAUACAGAAAGCCCGAGCAGAAGAGAAAAACAACAGCAUAACAAAAUGCGUUAUUUUGGCAAAAUAACUGCAUAACGGAAGUAGUAAUUUUCAUGUUAUUAACAUAACAUAUUGAGUUAUAAACUUGGCUGUCAUAAGCGGCAAAAUAACAAGUCACAUAACAAAAAUUUGUUCCUGAAAAAUCAAUUUAAUAACAUGUUUUGUUAGUGGCAAUAACAACUUAAUAACAGUGAAUUUGGGAAAUAUUUCAAUAACAAAUUUUGAUAUUAAAGAGUUAUUGAUAACAAGCAAAAUUAGGGUAAAAACUAACUUUUUUUACUCAUUUUUGGGUAAUUAUUUUAAGUGUGUUAUUCUAUUUUUAGAAAAUAACAGGUCACAUAAAAAAAAAUCGAAUUCAUUAUAAAACUUACAAACAUGGACGGGAUUUGAACCUCCAAUCCUGCUAUCGUAAAUUUUCAGUCGCCUUUACCAAUGAGGCUAUCACAGCACUUGCGGUGAGGGACGAUAGAAGCUUUACUGGUUCUACGUAUUGCCAGUUUCCCCAUUCCCCCAUUUCAUGUUUGCCAGUCGCAGGACAAAAAUAGACAGAGAUUUGAAUGCAAGAUCAAACAAUGAACCUCUCUCUCUCUCUUACCAACAGCGCUAUCGCGGUGCGCAGACAUGUGCACUGUAACACUAAUAACAGUGGUGGCGUUCGCAUGGCCCGUCGUCGGCUGUUGCGGAACAAAGAGAACGACGAAAAAGUUGCUAGUCGACUAUUUAUGAUUGAGCUUCGUCAUGGGGUGCAUUUUGGCGGUGACAAAGAUUCUUUCCAGACGGAGAUGAUUUUUUUUAAUUUUUUGUUUUGUUCGCGCUGUGAGAACGGCGAUUAUACACGUACCUACGUGAGCGAAGGUAAAAGGUAAUUAUAUCAUAUGCCGGUAUGAUUACUUCUGCAGAUGCUGUUUAGUUUUAUUCUGUUUUAGAUUAUUUUUAGUAAUGAAAAAAGAUAUAUAUGACAUAAUGUCAAACAAUAUAUGAUCGAAUAAUAAUAGAUCGAAAGAAAAAAGUUAUAAUAGACAAAUGCAAUCAUCAAUUGAGCAGAAUUGUCUGUAUAGUUGACAUUUUUAUUGAUUAGAAUUAUUUAGUAGGUUCCAUAUUUGCUAUCUCCACUCUCACUAACAUUCAUUACUUCGUAAUACAUAGUCUGUUCGGUACUUUUUGACGUUAUAAUUAGAGGUUAGAAUAGCAGUACUGUUAAAAUGACAUAUAAAUUCAACUAAGUUUACUCAAUUUUGAGAUAAAAAAAAACUCAUUUGCAGAUGUAUCACUUUUUGAAGGUAAAAUUUUACUUAACCUAUAAGAAUUGGGAAUCGUAGAAAAGUGAUAGGAAUUUGGCACCGUAACGAGACUGGGAUAUUGAAAGAAGGAAAUUAACACAAAGAUAAACAUAUCAAUAGCUAUGAUGCUAUAUUUACCCAAAACUCAAAUUAUAGCAAUGAAUAAAAUAAAAAAUACGGAAGAGUCUGAUGAAAUUUCUAGAAGUUGCAAUGCCUUUAUUUUUUACUUCAUAAUAUGAAACAGCAGACAAUAAAAUAAAGAAGGUAAACUAUGUAAUGGUUAUAUCUGCGAUAAAUUUUCUCCGAUUUUGACAAUAUUGAUCUCAUGUGAUCCAGAUUUAUUUUUUCCAUCAACAACAAAUCCGACUGAACCGAUCUGGUCAUCGUGAGUUAAGAAAAAACCCGAAUUGCCAUACACGUGGAAUUUUCCAUAGACCAGCUGCAAUUGGCUUCUUUAGUGGUGUUGAGAUAAUUCCAUAUUCACAAUCUACAUGCCAAACUGAGCCGACAUCCAAAUUUUCAUGAACUUUGGUGCCCGGGAACCUAUUUAAAAAUCGAUUUAAAGUUUGUAUGGAAGCGAUUUGUCGAAUCACCCCUCGUCGCAUUUCGUACUGGGCGGAGCUGUCAAGCAGUUGCCCAGCUGUCAAAAGGUGAUUUCAAAAAAUCUUUUUGUAAUUGAAUUUAGGUAUCAAAAAAAUCUGAAAAAAAUCAUACUGGCUUAAAAAAGGUGCUCUUUCGAAUAAAAUCAAAAAAUCAAUAUAUUAUUCUUAAUUUGAAAACCCAAUUGGUGAUUGGUACAAAUUAAGUACCUUACCAAGAAAAAAAUGUUAAAUUUAAAUUUAUACGUUCAAUAUGUAGUCCGUCCAAAGUCUUACACCGUACAUCAAACCGUUUUUAAUUAGAUUUUGUUUUAGAUUUUAUAGAGGCAUUUUAAAAUCUUCUCCUGUGUGCUAGGGAUAGGAUUUUUCAAAACACCAUCGUUCUUCUUCUUCUUCAUGCACCAUCAAAUCACCAAUAGCAUAUCUGUCCAGCCUAGGCCCAAAGUAUUGACUUCAAAGUAAUCAUUACGAAGCAUAAAUGUCAAUUUCUUGAUUUUGCUUUGGCUGACCAAGCCAAGGUUGGCCGUAGCAUUUUCAUAAUUCAAAUCUCAAUUUGUUCAUCGAGCACAUGUUCUGUUGUGCUGCACGUGGAUGUCAAAGCGUUUUCAACAGUGUAAUUACGAAGCAUGUUUCACGAGAGACCAUAUCUUUUCAAUACGCUAACUCCACAACAACGCCGAUAUUACUGCGCCACUUGGGCAGUGGCUGGUAUUUUGGGUACUUUUCAGCUACAACUCAGUCAAUUUCAGAAAUUUAGCAAAACCUCGCGCUGCCCAGCAGGGACUUUGUUUUGUACACAUUACAGCACCUCCAUGUCACGUAAUAUACCACACCUCUUAUCAAAUGUGAUACCGUAAGCGUACCAUACUUUGCGCACCUAGGGCCUAACUUUGCGCACUUUUCAAAAAAUCGUUAAAUAGUAUUUCUGGUGCAUUAUGCAAACUUUUUCCCACGGAAUACUAGCUAAUGAUAUGGGGCAUGCACUUUGUCUCAGUUUGGAUGUAAUGAUAAAUGGAAGAGGAAGACAAAUUGAUGAGUGAAUAUGCAGUUGCUUUCCCUAAAAUGCUGUAAAUAACGUUGUAGAAUGACGUAGGUUUUGUUUCAAAAUUAGUUUUAGUUUAGAUAGCAAUACCAUAAAGUAUUUGUGCACUCUCAAUAAUACAAUAAUAACCAAACUUGUUCCACAACAGAAUGUAAUAUUGAAAUGUUAUUUAAGGGCUGCAUACCAAUUGCUUGGUCAUAACAAAAUAAGAUUGUUCAACAAAACAUGUUAUGGAAACGUAAUGCCUUGAUAAUUCAAUAAUAACAAAACAAGAUAUAAAAACAGGUUUUGUGAUUUCGUAGUUAUUAAUUUGAUAUUCCCCUCUGCUCGGGAGCUCACUGCCGAUGGUCCAGUAAAAUGCCGCUCUCACAUUCAGAGAUAAAGUUGUGGCGCUCAUGCUCACAAGGAAAAAAAAAAAAAUGGAACAAACAAAAGUAGAACAAAAAUAGGCAAAAUCCAGUCACAAAAAAAAUCUGGACAAACAGAAUCCUUGUGGAUUCAAAAUGGCCUGGGCCUUUAAUGUUGUCUUCUACAUAAAGUUCCAUGAAAAAAUAUGCGUUUUAGCCAUGAGCAUAUGAACUGCGUCAGGGAGAAAUUAAUUGCUGAUUUUAAACCAACCUCCUGCCCAUCCAAAAAUGAGGUAAAAUACAUAAUAUGAUGCCGCUGUGCAUAGUACGUUAUGCCAUACACCUCAUCAGAAAAGCAUGACACAAAAAUUACGUGAAUAAAUUGUGGGCACAAAAAUAAACAUACUUAAAAGCACGCAAAUUUCACUCACUUUUUAAAAAUAGGCUAUUGUGUUUGAAAAAAAAUGUAACGGCACAAUGAAAAUGCAAAAAAAAAAAAAAUUAAACACAAAUUUACGCUAUACAAAAAUAAAAAGCACAAAAUUUCAAUUCACACUACUAAUUGCACUAAACAAAGCACGCUAUUAAACGAACAGAAUAUGAGAGAAUUAGAGGAAAAAUUACUGGUGGCCAAGCCAUCAUUUUGAUGGUAAAUCUUUAUCCUCGUACGCCAAUUGUAAUAAACGACAAGUGUACUAACUAUGUUAUCGAGGAGGUCAUCCGAAGCGUUCAACUCUUAUAUUUAUGCGUCUAAACACUUCGCAUCGAGGUGGAAGAAAAAUAUUACCAUCCAUGUCAUCAUGAAUGGGGAUUUCAAAAAAUUCUGAUUUGCAUCUACCUGUUAGCAUCCAGGUGUCAUAAUUAAUUGAACAGAAAUAAUUGCGUAAAAAAUCUCUACCGAGUAUUCCGUCGGUGGGAAUCGGUAAUUGACCAUCAACUAAAUGAAAUUUAUGUUGCAGUUUUCCUUGAUUUGGUAGUAAAAUAUUUGUUGUAACAGUACCUAAUGUAGACACUGAAUGGUCGUUGAUUCCAGAAAUAUAGCAUUGGUCAUUAGUAUUAACAAAAGUUGUGGGGAGUAUUUUGCUGGCCUUGAAAAGAGAUAUUUCUGCUCCAGAAUCCACCAGUAAGGUGCAUUCUGAUUCAAGAAAAUCUAAUCUCAGGACUACAAAAUUACUACAUGAUGGAUUAAUGAAGAAAAAACGUUUCACUGGCGAUGUAGUAUUUGUGCUAAUUGCUGGGGAGGGAUUUGUUGGUGCGUUUGCUGGUUGUUUGCUGUUCCCCCAAUUUGUGGUUGAAGUUG